AUGAGGUUGUCUAAAGCCCAAAGUAUACGAUCGGUCGACCAAAGUGGUGGAUAUGGAACUCUACGCCAUUUUCUACAUGGUUCUUUCGAGUUGAUCACUUUGAGAUCUUUGUGUGAAGAGUUCACCGGAUUCUUUUUCGUCUCUGAUUUAUCCUUGUCUUUGUUUUCUUGA